CCGCGGCCUGGCGGACGGCCUCCGUGGUAGCUGGCAAUUUGAGAGCUGGUCAGGGGUGAGGGUUUUGGGCGGCUCGCCGUCAUGAAGCUGACGCGGAAGAUGGUCCUGUCCCGGGCCAAGGCUUCGGAGCUGCACAGCGUGCGGAAGCUCAACUGCUGCUCCAAAGCUGCCCUCCUUGAAGACUGGCUCUUGGGCUUCUCGGUAGUUUUAGUGGGCAGACGUUUCCCUCUGUGGACAGGUCUCAUUUCUGACAUUGCCAGCAGUCCCCGGGAGCCAGGCCUGCUGAUAAGGGGCAGCCGCCUCACUGAUAUCUCCAUAUGCCAGGAGAUGCCUAGCCUGGAAGUGAUCACCCUCAGCGUCAACAGCAUCUCCACCCUGGAGCCCGUGAGCCGCUGCCGGCAGCUGAGCGAGCUCUACCUGCGCAAGAACUGCAUCCCCAGCCUGGCGGAGCUCUUCUACCUGAAGGGCCUCCCGUGCCUGCGCGUGCUGUGGCUGGCCGAGAACCCCUGCUGCGGCGCCUGCCCCCACCUCUACCGCAUGACCGUCCUGCGCAACCUGCCUCACCUGCAGAAGCUGGACAACCAGGCUGUGACGGAGGAGGAGGUGUCCCGAGCGCUGGUGGAGGGAGAGGAGGUCACGGCCCCCAGCAGAGAGCACUCGGGGAAUGGCCCGCCCGAGCUGUCCUACACCCUGAGCACCGAGGACGCCGCCGCCGAGAUGCCACGGGACCCGCUGAGCCUCGGCGAGGAGGACACCAGCAGCAUCCAGGGGCAGCUCGGCCUGAAGCGCCCUUCCCGGGACCAGUUUCCCUCCUUCUCGCAGAGGGCGGCCACAAGCAGUCGCAAGAAUAGGAACAACAUCCUGACCGCCAUCCUCCUGCUGCUGCGGGAACUAGACAGCGAGGGGCUGGAGGCUGUCCACCAGCGCGUGGUCAGCCGGCUCCAGGCCCUGCAGAAGCAGGAGCUGCAGGAGGCCAUGGAGUGACUGUCAGCGGGGACCCCGAGCUGAAGUCCGGCAUCUUCCCGCGCACCUGGGACAGUGGGGGGUCACAGUUGCGGCCUCUGCUUGACCCCAGGCUGAGCCUUGGCGCACAGGGCUGCGUCCUUAGGAAGGCUCGCCCACCCAGGAAAACUGAGCUUUCGCUGUGGAUGGGCACCACGCCAGGGCAGGAGGGGCUGGCUGGCAGACCUGCCCCUGUGCCCCCUGCUGUGAGGGGCCGUAGCCAGAUGCCCUCCUGCGUGGCAGGGCCACCUUGACUUGCCUCUUCCUGAAGGUGGGCUUUGCUGCCGUUCUCCCUAAUAAAUAUUUUUCCAAA